UAUAACACUUACAUUUAUUUGCACUGCUUUGCUUACUUUUUUACUUUUAAAAUAUCUUUAAUUUCCUAUUUAUUUAUUUUUUAUCUAAAAAAUGAUCCUUAAGUUAUGAAGAAGAGCUUGUUAUGGUAUGAAGCCAAACUCUCCUGCGCUUAAUCUUCGGUCCCAUGGCCUCUCGUUUCAUUGAUGUGUGUGUGUGUGUGUGUGUGUGUGUUUUUUAUGAAUGAACGGUAGAGGAGGAAAGGGCACGGGAAACUGGACGCGUUGCGAUAGGCUGCUGGUUGGUUGACGUCACCUCCGCCGUGACGCGAUGCACCCAUUCAUAAAAACAGGAAAAAAGAGAAAGAGUCCUGUGGAGAAAAUACUCGGAGAGGCAGAGAGGAGAAAGAGACAGAAGUGACCGGACUGAGCUUAAGAAGUAGUGCGGUUACAACGAUGAUGAUGAUGAUCAUCACGGUGUUGAUGCGCAGAUAGAGGAGAAGCGCAAGGGGAAUCCACCGCAGGAUCCGUGCGCCUUCUCCGGGUUCCGAGGGGUCCGGUGAUCGUGAGGGGGCUUAGAAAGAGCGAGAGAGGAGAUUUAACGACCGUGAAGCACAGCCUAACAGCCCGAAACGACGUGCCAAUGGAGGAGCUAUACGAGAUGGACUGCACGGUGCUGAAGCGGCUCCUGAAGGAGGACAGUGCCAAGUGCCUGCUGCUGGACUGCCGCUCUUUCCUCGCCUUCAGCGCGGGGCACAUACGGGGCGCCGUCAACGCCCGCUGCAACACCAUCGUCCGCCGCAGGGCGAAGGGCUCCGUGCUGAGCCUGGACCAGAUCCUGGCCGGGGACGAGGAGGUCCGAGUCCGCCUGCGUUCCGGGAUGUACUCCGCCGCAGUGCUGUACGACGAGAGGACGCCGGACUCGGAAACGGUGAAGGAGGACAGCACCUUGACGCUGGUGCUCCACGCGCUGUGCAGGGACGCCUCCGGCACGCGCAUAUACCUGCUCAAAGGGGGAUAUGACAAAUUUUUCACAGAGUAUCCAGAGUUUUGUUUAAAGGCCAAGUCCUUACCGUCCCUCACCAGCCAGUCGAGCAUCGACUCUGCCUGCUCGUCGUGUGGAACGCCGCACAAUGACCAGGGUGGCCCGGUUGAGAUCCUCCCCUUCCUUUACCUUGGCAGCGCCCUUCACGCCUCGAAGAAGGAGGUUUUGGAUAGUAUAGGGAUCUCUGCCUUGCUGAACGUGUCAGCUGACUGUCCCAACCACUUCGAGGGGGCUUACCAGUACAAAUGUAUCCCUGUGGAGGACAACCACAAGGAAGAAAUCAGCUCCUGGUUCCUGGAGGCUAUCGAGUUCAUAGAUUCAGUACGGGACUCCAGUGGGCGAGUGCUGGUGCACUGUCAAGCAGGCAUCUCCCGCUCUGCCACCAUCUGCCUGGCCUACCUGAUGAAGCGAAAGCGGGUACGUUUGGACGAAGCGUUCGAGUUCGUACGGCGGCGCCGCAGCAUCAUCUCCCCCAACUUCAGCUUCAUGGGCCAACUGCUGCAGUUCGAGUCGCAGCUCCUCGCCACCUCGUGCGCCGCCGAAGCCGCCGCCACGGCAAGCCCGCUGCUCGGACCCAAGACCACGACAACCACCACCUCAACGGCAGCCACGCCCACCUCGCCGUUCAUUUUCAACUUCCCAGUUUCUGUUGUGAACCCCGCUUACCUGCACCACAGCCCCAUCACGACCUCCCCCGGCUGCUGAUAGACAGACAAUCCAAGCCUUCCCUCAAUACAAAGCGAGCACAGACUGGGGCUGCCGUUGGUAGUAUGCUUCAGAGCACGGAGGUGAGAAGCGUCAUGGUGCCUGAUUCAGAACUCAAAGACUGAAACAGUUUUUACAGUUUAAAAACCAGCCAAUGCUCCUUUCAUGUCAUUGACAUUUAUUUAAAUCAACCAAAAAUGAACUGGCUUUUGAGUUCAGAUGGAGUGUUGGACUGAUGUUUACUAAAGAUACAAACUCUUCCUUGGAAAAGAAAAAAAGCAAAACAAUCACGCCGACAGAGGCACACUGACACACAACCCUGACACAGAGAGGCAUGAACAGCAGCAAAACUGUCUUUCUCUCUCUUUUUCUGCCCCUCUCUCUACGUCUCUCCCACACACACACACAUUCAUGACUGCCAACUGAAUAAGCUCAGUAUGAAGACAGGGUCUGUUGCUAUGGAGACGACAGGUCUUUAGGAGAGGAGAUGGACACAGGAAGGAAGGAAGAAUUUUAAGCACCCGCUCUUUCCCCCUUUGGGUGUCCCUCCUUCUGCCAGACAAAAGAGAUAGAUGAAAAAAACGAGGGGAGGAGACGGUGAUAGAAAGCAGGAGCCUCUUCAGUGACAGGUGCUCUGCCGGCGUUCCGACCGGAGCUUCCUGUCUUUCAUACGUCCUCUUCCUCUCCCUGUCUCUCCCCCUCCCCACACCUUCCUCUCCUUUCCUUUUCAUCCUUUUAUAUUGCCCAAUCCUUCCAUCCUUCUCCUCUCUCAUCUCGCCCUCUCCCAUCUGCCCCCACCCCCCUCAUCCGCCCUUUAUCUUAACACUGGAGAGGCUAAAUAAAUGUAAUAAGAUGCCAAAUAAAUGAAUAGGCCAGGGUCUGUGUCAAUAGACUGGGGAAACCCCUCUACUGGUCUCAUACAUACACGCUUUUUGGGACAUUUUGUGGCAACAUCUUCCAAAUUUCCUGGAGUCUCCUUUUAGAUCAGAGUGCAGAUUUUAGAGCAUAGUAGUUUUGGACGACAGACAUUUAAAGGGCCAUCGUGGUGGUUUUGUACUUUUUUUAAACCAUCAUUUGUCAUGAAUUUUUUACUACUGAUAAUGUUCCAAAACUUACAUAAGACACUGGCUUCGAACCUUCUCAGUAUUUUUUUUUAUAGAGUACUGAAAUAAAGCAAACACCGCCUCAUAUGAGGUAUUUUGGGAAGCUGUCGUUUGUUUAUAUAACACGCUAAAAUGUGCAUCAUCACCAAAUGGUCCUUUGAGAUGUUUGUGCCUUGUUCACAAGGGUAUCCUAUGGAUUUGCCAGUGGAGCAUUGUUUUCUGUUCACUCUUACGCCGCAGCAUCGAAAAAGCAAAACUGUCUCCGUUCAUCAUUUGCCAGACUCACACAAGCACACACACAAAAACACACAAGUAGAUUUAUAUGUGCAAAAGAUUUCCCAAUCCACAAAAACACGCAAACAUGCUUGAAUGGACAACACAAUGAUGACAAUGGGAGAAAUGUUAAAGGUAGGACAUUAAACCAUGGGUGCUUUUUCCACUCACCAUUGAAGAUCAUAAAAAGUAGAAUCCAGGUUUUUAAAAAAUUACUUAUUCGUUUGAUUUAUUUAUAUAUUUUAUAAUAAACAUAAAAUUUACCUCUUUUUUUAAUUUUAGAGCUUUAUUAUAUCACAAUUUGAGAUAAUAUUUUAUAUUAUGUUUGCUUCUGACCAGGCUGAGCUCUACACUGUGCCAGACAAGCAAAGGCAAAAAAAAAUCCAAAUCCAACUACAUUCACCAGAAGAAACCAAAAAAAUAAAGAAAAUUGGGUCUGUUUCAAAGGAGACACUUAUCUCUGUAGCACUUUGAAAUGAUGCAAUACUGUAUUUGUAAUCUUUGACUGAUUUGCACGUCAUGGCGAUGCUCAACUGACUAGACUGUGAAGAGAGAGAAAGAGAGAGAGAAAGAAAACAGCCAAUCAGUGAAAAAUGCAAUACUUUGUACACAUCUGUGUAAUCCAUACACAUCUGUCUGUCUGUACGCCUCUCUGUGUUAAGUGUCUCGUCUUGAUUGUCUCUGGUCAAUGCUGUUCACUCUUAAUGGCAAUAUCAAUCCUCAUAUAUAAAGCAAAACAAAUUUCCUUUGGUUUUAUUGUGGAAUAAAUGAUCUGUGCAUUUAUUUAUUACUGAAGCUUCACUGUUGAAUAAAUAAUGUUCUUAAUUAAAA